AUGCCUGUAUACAGUGUGUUUCGGCACACAUCCAUACUUCUGGUAGCUCUGAGUAUAAUCCAGUCAGCAUUCUCCUACCCUAUCCUCCAGGAACGCCAUAAUGGGAAUUCCAAAGACUCGAACUGGGUUACCAUCUGGACAACCAUGCCUCAGCUAGUCGAGCCCGCCAACCUACCCCCUGUUCCAUUUAAUGGAUCUACCGCUGUGUUCAGCAAUACAACCAUUCGCCAGACCUUGCAGCUUUCUCUGCCAGCGCAGGAGAUCCGCAUCCGAUUGUCCAACGCAUUUGGCGUAAACAAUCUAAAGAUCAACAAGGUGACUGUGGGCCUACCAACAGAGCAUCAAGUGGGAACAAGUGCUGUACAGACAAAGUCACUGAAGUCCGUUUCCUUCGAUGGAAGCCCAGACGUGGAAAUCCCGAACGGUGCACUGGCCGUCUCGGAUCCAAUCUUCUUCCCUGUGGAGGCUCAAUCAGCUAUCACGAUAACCGUGUACCUGGAAGAGGGACAAGAAGGCCAUUCAAUCACUGGCCAUCCGGGUAGUAGGACAACCUCAUACAUGACGUCCGGGGAUUGGACUACCGCAAAGAACCUGACAGACUCGUCUGUCCAAAGUACGGAGCAUUGGUACUUCAUCAGCGGAGUCGAGGCUCAUCUCCCCUCCAAAUCCAGCGGCUUCGCAAUAAUCGGCGACAGCAUCACCGACGGCCGAGGAAGCACCACAAACGCUAACAAUCGCUGGCCGGAUCUCGUCCUAGCACAGAUGCAAAAGCACAAGCCCACCUCGAAUAUCGCAAUUCUCAACCAAGCAGCCGGCGGAAACCGUAUUCUCCAAGACGGCCUCGGCCCGAACGUCCUCAGCCGUAUCGAUCGGGACGUGCUAGCACAGUCCGGAGUACGAUACGCCAUGAUCUUCGAAGGCGUAAACGACAUCGGCGUUGCCGAUACCGAUCCGACCACGCAAGCAGAGAUUGAAAAGGGUCUCAUCGCCGCCUAUAAACAGAUCGCGACGCGGAUCCAUGCUCUGGGGAUUCCCUUUUUCGGGGCAACUAUCACCCCGUUCGGGUCGGCAAAGGACGCUGAUUAUAUUCAGCCUUAUUCCAAUGCGGAGAGGGAGAAGACGCGUCAGAAUAUCAAUAGGUUUAUUCGGGAGAGUGGCGUUUUUGACGCUGUGCUUGAUUUUGAUAAGGUUUUGAGAGAUCCGAAGGCGCCGUCGCAGUUGGCGGAGAAAUUUGACUCGGGGGAUCAUCUUCAUCCCAAUGUGGAUGGAUAUCAGGCUUUGGCGGAGCACUUUCCUUUGCAUGUCUUUGCGUGA